UGCACAUGCGCAUUGAGUCUUAAACUUACAGUUACAGCUACGACUUUGGCAGUAUUUAGCUUGAUAACGUGCUACUUAGCUAGUUACCUUUAAAUUUACACAUAUUGGGUCCGUUGAAAUGCAGCUUUAAUCGUCACAACCUGUAAUUUAACACUCUCAUAAAGUAUACCCAGGGAGGCUGAUAUUCAUCCCUCAAGUUCCCAGGGAUCCUUCAGCCUGCCCUGAUGAAGGCCGCGCAAGACGGAGACCUCCUCGAAGACGACUCCCAUCAGGAGAAUGGAGUCCAGACUAAUCAGUACAGCUCCAUCUCUCCUCCGGCCUCACCAGUGGCCCAGGAUGAACCCUUCUCCACAUAUUUUGAAGACAAGGUGGCCAUUCCCGAGAAUGUCAGCCAGGUGUUCAGUUUCCGUAAACUCUGGGCCUUCACCGGACCGGGGUUUCUGAUGAGCAUUGCUUACUUGGAUCCAGGGAACAUUGAGUCCGACCUGCAGUCUGGAGCUAAAGCUGGCUUUAAGCUCCUAUGGGUGCUCCUUGGAGCCACUAUCAUUGGGCUGUUGUUGCAGAGGUUAGCUGCACGCCUCGGGGUCGUCACUGGGAUGCACUUGGCUGAAGUCUGCAACCGCCAAUAUCCCACAGUUCCUCGGCUCAUCCUGUGGCUGAUGGUGGAGCUGGCAAUUAUUGGCUCAGACAUGCAGGAGGUCAUUGGCUGUGCCAUAGCUUUCAAUCUUCUCUCUGUGGGCAGGAUUCCACUGUGGGCAGGAGUCCUCAUCACCAUCACAGACACAUUUGUGUUCCUCUUUCUAGACAAAUAUGGCCUGAGAAAACUUGAAGCUUUCUUUGGCUUCCUCAUCACAGUAAUGGCUCUGAGCUUUGGUUACGAGUAUGUGCUGGUAAGUCCAGACCAAGGGGAGCUGCUGAAGGGGAUGUUUGUGCCGUACUGUGCCGGGUGUGGGCCUGUGCAGUUGGAGCAGGCGGUGGGAAUUGUAGGCGCCGUCAUCAUGCCCCACAACAUCUACCUGCACUCAGCGCUGGUCAAGUCUCGGGACAUUGAUCGCAAAAAUAAGAAAGAAGUAAAGGAAGCAAACAAGUACUACUUCAUUGAGUCAUCUGUCGCUCUCUUCGUCUCCUUCCUCAUCAACGUCUUUGUUGUAGCAGUCUUUGCUCAGGCGUUCUACGGGAAAACCAAUAUUGAAAUGAAUAAGGAGUGCAAUGAAACCGGCAGCCCUCACUCAGAUCUCUUCCCUCUCAACAACGGCACACUGGAGGUGGAUAUCUACAAAGGGGGAGUGGUCCUGGGCUGUGUCUUUGGGCCUGCAGCCCUCUACAUCUGGGCAAUAGGGAUCCUGGCAGCUGGACAGAGUUCCACCAUGACAGGGACUUAUUCUGGGCAGUUUGUCAUGGAGGGUUUCUUGAACCUACGAUGGUCCCGUUUUGCUCGGGUGUUGCUGACCCGCUCCAUCGCCAUCAUACCUACACUGCUGGUAGCCGUUUUUCAGGAUGUUCAGCAUCUGACCGGGAUGAACGACUUCCUCAACGUGCUUCAAAGCAUGCAGCUACCAUUUGCUUUGAUCCCAAUUCUGACAUUCACCAGUCUGACAUCCAUAAUGAAUGACUUUGCAAAUGGAAUGGUGUGGAAGAUUUCCGGAGGUAUUGUCAUCCUGUUGGUUUGUGCAAUCAACAUGUACUUUGUGGUGGUCUACGUGACGGCGCUGAACAGUGUGCUGCUCUAUGUUAUCGCGGCUCUGCUCUCUGUAGCCUAUCUGUGCUUUGUAUGCUACCUGGCAUGGCACUGUUUGGUUGCCUUGGGGGUUUCCUGUCUGGACUUUGGCAGCAGGAUGCAACUGUCACAGCACACAGACGGUUACCUAAUGAGUGACAUGGAUACUGAUAGUCUGUUUGAGAGAUAGGAGGACUCAUUGUGAGCGGCUGUUGAACUGAUGACCCGACAGAAGUGUGGGACAACUGAAGCUCGGCCAAUAUGUGUUUGUCGUCACCUCUCUGUGCCUAACAGGUUUUUAAAGUUUCCUUACAGUACACAGUGUGGUACACCAGCCAAUGUCUAAUCCAAUGAUGGGUGUUUUCCAUUGCAAAGGUCUCAGCAACCUCAGCUAAAUAAUGUUUAUGCAAAUAAUGGUUAAAUAUGUUUAAAGGAUUUAGGUUCUUGUGACGGUAAACUACUUCAGGUUUUUGACACAACAAGAAACUUAAGGUCCAAUGUAUCAUGUUUGCCAACCAGACACAACUGUGAUGAGAUUAUUGCUUUCCAUUUAGAAAUCACACAAUAAUUAACUCACUAUUCCACAUCAUUGAGAUGGCAGUCUUGAGUUCAAAGACACGGUGGGUUGUUUUUAACCGGUGCUGCACCUAAGAUGCUACGGGCCUCCAACAUGGCCACCAGGCUGCAAAAUUCAUCUAGUUUAUUUUCUACCUUCAAUCUUGCACUUCUUUUGGUUUGGUUUAGGUGACAUGACAUAA